GAUGUUCAUGAUAAAUGAUUUUAUCCCCAUUGAUCUGCUCUUAUAUGUCAGUGUUCAGUAUGGAGUCAGUAGGAGUGAAUGUGAUAGAAGUUGCUGCUUUAGGGAGACCCUUUCAGCUGGGGAUGCUCUACGACUGCAGGAAAGAUGCUCUCGUGCCAGGAAUCACGUUGUGGAAUGAAGAAAAGCUCAAGCAGAGUAUUCGAUCUCGUCCCCAAAUUAAUACAGAUUUCAAAGUUACAGCUUCAGACUCUAUUGAAGAAAAAUCUAACUUAUUGAACAUUGAAGCCUCUAUGAAAUUGAGUCUGUUGGGUGGAUUGAUCAGCGUAACCGGUGCAGCCAAAUAUCUCAAUGAUACCAAGAAGUCUUUUAUUCAGCAGAGACUGACUUUACAUUAUCAUUCAACUACCAGGUUUGAAGAACUGAGCAUGAACCAUUUAGCAUCUGAAAAUAUAGCUCACCAUGAGGUGAUUGAUCACGAUACAGCGACACACGUGGUGACGGCAGUGCUGUAUGGAGCUGACGCAUGCUUUCUGUUCGACAGAGAGGUUUCUUCAGAUGAGGACAAAACUACAGUGGAAGGAGAAGUGAAGGCAGCGUUUGAAAAACUAAAAGUCAUUACAGUAGACGUAAAUGCAAAUCUAAAUAUGAAUGAGGUUCAGAAGAAUGCGGUGCAAAAAUUCAGUGUCACUUUCUAUGGUGAUUUUCAGUUGCCGUCUAAUCCGACUUCAUUUGAAGAUGCUUUGAAGGUUUACGCUAAACUUCCGAAACUGCUGGGGGAAAACAGAGAUCUUGUGGUUCCACUGAGAGUGUGGCUGUAUCCUCUGAGCAAACUUAACUCGAGAGCUUCAAAACUUCUGAAGGAAAUCAGAAUUGAUUUAAUCAGUGACAUAGAAUCAGCAUUAGAGAGUUUAAAUACAACUGAGAUGAAAUGCACUGAUCUUCUGAAAGACUCUUCUGCUUCAGCUUUACCUCCAUUUCAAAAUAAAGUACUGCAGAUGAAGCAGAACUGUAACAAAUACAAGUUGAGUCUCAUGAAGAAACUCGGCUCUCUGUUGCCUCAGAUCCGUGGAGAAAAGAUUACAGACUCAGCACUGAUAGAUCUACUGAAAGAUCAUCAUGAAUCUCCAUUCAGAGAAAGUGAGCUUGAAGAAUGGUUGAAAGUGAAAGAGAAAGAGUCUGAGAUCAUUAAAACACUGCUCAGACAGUUGAUUGAUUCUGGUGCAAAGGUAGAAGACAACCUAGAGGCAAUCUUGAUGGAUCUAGAUGUUAAAAAUCUGGUCAGCUACACAUUCACAUCAUUGGACUGGUCAGAUGUGCUCCUUCCUAAACAAAUUACCUAUCUAAGAUCUUCAACAAUGAGAAAUGACACUGACUCCAAGAAGGAAACAUCAUGGCUCACCCCUGCUAUCCACAAGACUAUGAGGAGCAACUUGGAGAUGUUUAAGAGCUUGAUUGAUUCAAAAGAUCGUAAACCAGCCAAGUUUAUUGUGUCAUCAAAACAAAUGGUGGAUCAUCCAGGUUCCUGCAUUCUCCUGUAUGAAGGUGGAUGUGUUGAAGCUGUUUGCUUCACUCCUCCAUCACAGCCGGCUCGUCCAAUCACAGCAAAGGUUAAAGGUGACAGUGUGGUGAUAAAUGUGAAGCCCUCAACAUGUCCUGCUACAGAGGAACUCAAGUUACUCUACAAAAUAAAGCAAGAGAAGAUCUGGACAUCUCAACCUGUGCUGAAAGACCAAAAUACUGUAACUCUGACUGAUCUGAGACCAGGCACUGAAUAUGAGAUUAAAUGUGCGGCGGUGGGGAAACUCAACUACACCACUGAAUCUGAUGUGAUCAGAGAUAAAACUGAGGGGAGGAACCAUCCUGUGGGAUAUUGUGGUUUGAUAAAUCCUGGAUGGGGUAGCUGGUUCAAUGCACUUCUCCAAACUCUCUACAUGACUAAAGAAUACAGAGAUCAUGUUAUGAGACUGAACACAGGUGAUGGGUCUUCUAUGGACGAGUUCAUUAAAGAGUUAAAGGUGUUGUUCGAAAAGUUGGACACCGAGCAGGGGCCGGUCUCAACAAAAUCAACUCAAGACACAGUUCACAAGAUCUUUGCAUAUGGCUUUUUUUGGACAAUGCUUAGACAAGAAGAUAAAUACCUAAAAUGCCUCUGGAAGAUACUUAUGGCGACUCACUCAUCUAAGAUUUUCAUGUUUGAUGAGGACUAUUGUGAAAGAUGUAAAUCACGGAAUUCUCUUUCAAUAACCGGAAUCAUCUCAGUCUCUGUUGAAGAAUUCCAAGAUGUGGAAGAUGCUCUACAGAUAAGAAAAGGAAUCAUAAAGCAGUUCUGUCAUCACUGCAAUAAACCUCUGGAGACUGUUUCCUCUCAUGAGUUUGAGCUCUAUGCCAUAAUAAACCACUACGGCUUAUAUGAUAAUGGACACUUUAAUGUAGACAUCAAAUGUGAAAAUCAACAAUGGAAUCGCUUUGAUGGAACCCACAUGUGUGAGAGUUAUUUGAACAAUCUUUCACAAACAGACGAGAACUUCGUGUACAGGUCUUCAAGUGCUUAUAUGCUCUUCUACAGACCCAGUUAACACAAUUCAUGAAUGCAGUCGUGUGAAUCGCUCAUAAAAAAGCGGAAGGUCUGGACUGCCUGGACAUCAGAUGAUAUCUAGAAGAUUUAAAACAUUCACAAAAUGCAUCUCAACAUAUAAUCACAGAUGCUUUACAUUGCAUGCCUUUAAGUAUUAUUGAGUUGACAUUAUUUUUUACAAAUUACCUUAAAAACAUAAUAUCUGUGUGUUAAAUCAAAACAUUCAUACAUUGUGUUUAAUGUUUAAUAUUGAUAACAAAUGUAGCUUAUAACAGUGCAUAGACUAAUCACUUUUGAUAAAAUACACAUUAUAAUCAACAUUAUAGAUCAAAUAUUUUCAAUGUCAUUGAGUUUUCAAAUGAUUAGUUGGUUGUUAGGGAUAAUUUAGUAAAUGAACACAUACAUGUAAUCAGCUGGUGGUAUUUCUCUGCACAUUGAGGGUGUAAAACUUUGUCUCUGAUGAACAAAAUUUUUAAUAAAAUAAAAAUGUGCUCUUGA